ACACACUCUCACUCCCUCACACACAUGUUCUUGCCCUCUCUCCCUCUCCUCUGUGUCUCCUCAUUGGACUGUACACUGCACAGGAGGUAAUUUCAGCCACUUAAUUUAUUAGUCAUCGCUGGUUGUUGGAACAAGCUAAUUAAAAGGAGGGUGAGUGUGUGAGUGUGAGUGUGUGUGUGUGUGUGUGUGUGUGUGUGUGUGUGUGUGUGUGUGUGUGUGUGAGAGUGUGUGAGUGAGUGAGUGUGUGUGGAAGAUUUGGAGGCACAGACACUGCUGCCGCUGCUGCUGCUGCUGCUGCCGCUGCUGCUGCCGUCUCUCACGCUUCAGUGUGGAGCAAGAGGGAGCAGGGGAGAGUAGAGGGACGAGACGAAGAGGAGGAAGAGAGGAAGAGAGGAGAGACAGACAGCUGGGUGGAAGGAGAUUUACACGCCACUUUACCAUCAUCUGAUGUGACAUGGCCACCGCAUAGGAAUCUGGUGCCACGGCAACCGUCAGCUUGGCGACGAGGUAUCCGAGGAUAAGGAGACAGCGAGCUGCACAGAGGGUCGUUCAGAGAAACAGAGAGAGUAAUGGCAGUGGAGGAGAAGCCGGGUGUGAAGAGCAGCAGCUCCAUCGUCCCCUGCUUCCUGUUUGUGGAGCUGGUGAUCAUGGCUGGGACGGUGCUGCUGGCUUACUACUUUGAGUAUACAGACACCUUCCCCGUGCACAUCCAGGGCUUCUUCUGCUACGACAAGACCUUCUCCAAGCCCUACCCUGGUCCGGAUGACACCAGCAAGAUCCCCCCUGUGCUCAUGUACUCGCUCGUCACAGCAAUCCCCACCAUCACGAUUCUUGUUGGAGAGCUGUGUGCCUUCUUCACCAAGGCAGAGGGAACACAGGAGAAGACCAUCGUCACUGCAGACUGCUGCUACUUCAACCCCCUCCUGAGACGCAUAAUACGCUUCCUAGGCGUCUAUGCCUUCGGCCUGUUCACCACCACCAUCUUCGCCAACGCCGGCCAGGUAGUGACAGGAAACCAGACGCCUCACUUCCUGUCUGCCUGCCGACCAAACUACACAGCGUUAGGCUGCCAGUCCACCAUGCAGUACAUCGCAGAGCGCCGUGCCUGUACAGGCAACCCGUUGGUUGUCAUGUCUGCACGGAAAUCCUUCCCGUCCAAGGACGCGGCGCUCAGCGUCUACUCCGCAGUGUACACAGUGAUGUACGUGACGCUGGUGUUCAAGACCAAAGGCACGCGGCUGACCAAGCCCACCAUCAGCCUCAGCCUGCUCUGUCUGGCCAUGCUAGUAGGCGUGGUCAGGGUGGCUGAGUACCGCAACCACUGGGCUGACGUCUUGGCGGGUUUCUUCACUGGGGGAGCCAUCGCUGUGUUUCUGGUGACUUGUGUGAUUAACAAUUUCCAGCAGAUGCAGCCCAGUCCUCCUCCACCACGACCCCAUCGCCCCGAGUCCGUGCUGGGCAUGCCGAUGGUGACGCUGCCCUGUGUGGAGAGUCCACUCGAAAAGUUAAGUGGCCCUCAGACUCCGCGGGAAUCUCCGUUCACCGAGAUCACAUGACCAUCAGCCCUAUCGGUUCCCCGCCACCCCCGAUGUCCUCAUACCGUCUCGCUCCAUUUCCAGCGAAGUCUAGACCAGUCGGAGCAGCACUCGCCGCACUGCGCCGCCCAUCCGGCUGGGCGGUACGCAACGCUGCACCGCUCCUACUCCACACAGGUCUAGACCUCCCCCUAAUACACACACACACACAUACACACACCCUACCCUGUUGCCCUCUCAACCCCCGGGGAACCGAUAGGCAAACUCUUCAAAGACUUUCUCUUUGCUGGACUCCCAGUAAAGUUAAGAGCUGAACAUUCAGUGCAGAGUCAGGUACAGCUCUUCUUUUUCAUUUUGAAUAUUAUAGUUAAAGACUUUUGUUUUUAACUUUUUUUCUUCUAUAAACUCAUGUGAAGCUCACUUUCAUCUUCAGUGGUGUGCUCUGUGAGGAAGAACACAUCAAACUGUGACCCCUGAGAAUGUUUUUUUUUGUUUGGUAUGAAUGACUUUUCACCCGCUUAAAGGAGGCACGUGCUGAAAGCUAAAUGUGACGGUGGACUCCCUGUGUGACUCCCAGGAUGCAGCUUUAAUGUCUGCAGUCAAGAGGUUGCCAUGUUGGACCAAAGAAACAGGCUGAAGGAUAUGUGUGCUGCUGAGAUUUACCCAUAAAAACCCAUAGCAAGCCAUACACACACACACACACACACACACCUCUCUCUCUCUCACCCUCUCUCUUUCUACUUUCUCCCUUGGUGUCUUUCUCUCACCCUCUGUCCUUAACUCAUCCAAUUCACGCACCCUCACACACACACACACACACACACACACCUGUAGUCUGAGUAGCAGUGCCCUACUCAGCACGGCAUGAGGUUUACUCAGAUCAAAGAAUCCAUUUCGUAUCUCUCAGCAGAAGCACCAGACAAAAGCAAACAGGAUGAAAGUACCGACAUCUUCAUUUGGCUUUCUUCUUCAUGUUUUUUUUGUAUUUUUUUUUUAUCUCUCAGAUGGUUGCAGCUUCGCCAAAAAACCAUGUGAAAUACAAACACAUUUGAUAAGACAAAGCCAAGCUCUCGGCUGCAGGUGGCACAACAGUGAGCCAAAUAAAGUGCAUCGCAUUCAGGAGCAAAUAUUUGUAUUUUGUAUUCUUUCGAGAUGAGGAGCCUUCAUACAAAACACUUUCUGUGAUGCCAACAGACUGUUUUUUUUUUUUUUGUAGUUUUUCUUUUUUUUUUUUAUUUCACUCAUGAAUGGCAUUGCUCUCCCUGAACUGGAAUUUCUUUCUUGCCAAAUCUUUAAAAGAUUUGCUACAGAGUCAUGUAAUUAUUGUGAUUAAUUUCUGAUAUUUUAUUAACAGAUUUAUUUAUUGACAUGUAUAUACUGUGUGGUUGCCAUAAGCACUCCGUGUGGCGUGACAGUUUUGCUGAUUUUGAUUUGCACACUCCCUCGAAUCCAUGUUUUUUUAUUCUCCCUCCUCUUCCUCUCCCAACACUCUUUAUUUACAACCUCUGUUUAGCUCUCCUCUCUGUGAUAUCUUGACUAUAAUACCAUCACUGUGCUGUGAAAUGUUUCCCUCUGCUGGACGACACACACACACACACACACACACACACACACAAGAAUAAAGACCUGUUUUACAGAGCACACAUAUAUUGAACAUAUUCAAAAGCACACACGCACAAUCACACUUAUAUUCCCUAGCCUAGUUAUUACUGUACGUCCCUUCCCCUUGUUCCACUUUCUAACACUGAAACCUAUUUGUAUGAUACUGUACAUAACUCUUUUUUGUAUUGAGAGUGUGAUUUUUACACGAGCAUCACAACACUCAGUGUAGAGAUUGGGGAAAAUGUUGUAUUUAUUAUGAUGAUAGAGAACAGUGUGUAUGAAGGUGCUUAACCACUCUGAACCUACACUGGAUCAGCUGGAAAACAGCCAGAUGGCUCACUCUUUGAAUCAAACUACAUGCCCACUGGACCAAGGUUAGACUGGGAGAGUUGUUUACUUAUAGUUUAUCAUACUGUGUGUUCAUUGAGUUAUGGAAGUGAAGCCCUUUCUGUUUUGAGUUCUCACACGAGCAUAAAUCGUAGAGUUUUUCCCUCUUUUGUUGUCGAAUCUUCAGACACGUCCAUGGUCUUACGUUAGCUCACACAGCCAUAUGUAAAAGUCAAGGAAGCUAGCAUAGGGCAAGCUAACAAAAAUACAAUGUUAAAGCAGCAAUUUAUCCUUUUUUUUAUUUGUUGGUGACUUGGGAAUACCUAGCUGUGAACACAACAUUUACAUAAUCACUUUAUAAUGUUGACUAACUUGUUAGCCUACAGGUGCUUAUUUACACAUUACACAGUAGACACAGAGCAACAUUAGCAUUUAUCUGGAUUCUUGUUUCUGGCCACCUGAUGAAUGUAAACUCCUGUGGAAAAUAUAUCUGUCGCUAAAUGCUCUCCUGUGUCCACCAGCUAUUAAGUUAGCUAACUGUGUCUGCAGUUUAGUGCUGGGCAGCUAGCAUACAGUAGGUUUAUCACAGCUGCCUGCUGCUACAAACAAAGGUUGAGAGUGUUACAUACACACUACAACGUAGUAGUAGUGUGUAUGUAACACUCUACUACGUUGUAGAGUGUAUGUUCUGCUACAUUUGCACCUAACAGUGGAGUUAAAUCAAAACAACGAGCUCAAAGAUGCUAAAACUCUCACUAUGUUCAACGCUUAACCCUAUCACAUUAGAUACGGUUAUUUGAUCCAUUGUUUAAAAAAAUUAUUAAAUAAAUUAUAUAAUAAUAUAUUGAUUAGUGCAACUUUAAGAAUUUUGAUCUUAAACUUGUGUGGUAAAAUCUAGAUAGUCAAAACAGACAACUAUUUGCUAACAUGUUAGCCAAGAUGAUAAUAUGUCUGUUUAUAGCUUAUUCAGUUGAUUAAAAAUCACUUACUGCUGCUUAAUAUCCCUGUUGUAUUUAGCUUAAUUGACUUUUACAUUUGGCUGUGUGAGAUAACAUAAGACCACAAACGUGUCUGUCGAUCUGACAACAAAAAAGAGAGAAAACUGUAUUCACUUUUAGUAUUUCCUCUGUGCGCAUGAGCUAAAGUAACAUGAAUCACACCAGGAAGUUGUUUUUUUAUAUAUAACUUUGCAGUAUAGCCAUUAAAGGUAUGUGCUUAAUUACCCUUACAUAUUAUUAUUAUUAUUAUUAUUAUUAUUAUUAUUAUUAGAAAGAUGGCACAGAGAUCUUUUGAGCAUCUUGUACUUUGAUUGAAAAGAAAAAUCAUGAAAACUGUGACAUUCUGGUGGUGCAGAGAGCACAUAUACCACGAACCUGCAACGUUGUGAACUCAUGACCUUUGCUGCAUGAUAUCCCUGUGUUUCAGAUUUUUCCUCAUUGCUUCCCAGUCUUUAUUGACCCGAUGAAGCAUAAAUGCCUUAAAAUAAUCUUAAUGGAAAAAUGUAACAACAAAAAACACAUUAAGUACUUUCAGUGACAACCUAUAAUUCUAAGUACAAGCUUCUCAUUUGUGCAAAAUCUCAGUAACUCUUCACCCAUGCAGUCAGUUUCUGAAUCAGUGUUCACUGUGUGAGCACUGCUUUAGUACAAAUGAAUAAACACCUAAAGAAAAACACCCUUCAGCAGCCAGAUUCCCUUCAGGUCAGAAUAUGUUCUCCUCUGGUUCAACCGUCAACACUACAGCUUUACUUUUCCUGUAAAGUCUGUAGUUACUGUAGUUAAAGAACAAACACGCAGCAGUUGACUGACAUGUGAAUAAAAAGCACCGGUCUCCUUCAGAUCUGCAACUCUGUGGGAGAAACACAUUUCCUUUGAUCCUGUUGCAGCAAACCCUCUGUUUUGUAAAGAUUUGUGUGAUGAGAACAAUAAAUGGAUAUUGCAAUAAGAAAA